AUGGAGAGCCAUCCAAAUGAAGAAGGCGAGGAGGCGGAGACGGGCGCGGCGAUCCCUAUUUCGGAGCUUGAACGGUGGCUUGCAGCUCCUCGAAUAGAGUUCGACGAGUCUAUUGCAAAGUCUCCAGACUUCCUACUGAAGUGGUGGAAAGAACACAAGGUCGAGUGGCCACUUUUGGCUGCGGCGGCGCGUGAUCUUCUCUCUGUCUCUGGCUCUGAAGUUGACGUGGAACGCCUCUUCAGCGGUUGUAGAGACGAAUUCGGUAUCCGCCGUCACGCCUUGAAGGCAGAUACGGAAGAUAAGAUCGAUCAGGCGUUGAUCAAGGCGGCCAUGGAGUAUGACAUCCUGCCCUUUGCCAAUAGUAUUAUUUGGAGACCAGACCACAUUCCGGGCAAGCUGGAAGAUGGCGAGAAUCCUCCUCAACCUCUUCCUCCCACCGAGGCUCCCACCGUACCCCCCUUCCCCCAAACCUCCUGCAUCCCAAGCCGAUAA